CGGCGUCGCUCUCGGAGAACACUGUGUAUCUCUAGAGCAGCGGGCGGGCAAUCUAUUGUUUGUCACACCAUGGCAUCGUCUGUCUUCUACAAGUUCAGAUCUCAGCGGGAUGAGUCCCGGGUGACCUUCGACGGCACCGGCAUUUCUGUGUUCGAUCUCAAGAAAGAGAUCAUCAUCGCAAACAACCUCACUAAGGCCAUCGACUUUGACCUCGUUGUUCUCGACAGCUCUGGGGAAGAAUACAAGGAUGAUUCUUCCAUAAUACCUCGCUCGUCUUCCGUCAUCGUCAAGCGAGUUCCUGCGCGCCCUGGAAGGGGUGCAGCAAGGUACCUUGGCACUACUGGUCCCGCCCAUGGGUCGUCUGACCCAGCAGGGAAGUCCGGAGCUGGAGGUGGCGGUGGUGGGUGGCGAUCUGGCGGUGGACAUAUGUCGAAACGUUUCGAUGGGAAGGAGCCGAAGGAAGAGCCUAAAGCAGUUCAGAAACCCCCCGCACCUGUACCUGUUCCUCAAGACGAGGCAGAGGCCAUGGCUGCUAUGUUCCAGGCUCAGACGGCCAACUGGGAGGAGACCCAGGAAAAGAUGUCACAUGCGAUGAAGGUCUACAGUCAACCACGCGGCGGGGCUCCCCGAGGAGGAAAACCAUAUCAGCCCUCACAUCACCAUUCCGACCGUCCAUUGCCUCCAAGUUAUGUAUGCUAUCGUUGUGGACAGAAAGGCCACUGGAUCCAAGACUGUCCAACAAACAACGACCGCGAAUUCGACAACAGACCCCGCAUCAAGCGUACUACGGGUAUUCCGCGAAGCUUCCUCAAGGCCGUCGACAAUCCCACCACCGGUCCCCUCGGAGCAGGAGUCAUGGUCACGCCUGAAGGAGGUUAUGUCGUUGCGCAACCCGACUCAGCGUCAUGGCAAAAACAAGUCACCCGGCACAAAGGCCUCACCGAGGCCGACAUCCGCGAACGCCCGCCGACCGACCCCUCGCUGCAGUGCCCGAUGGAUGGCAAGCUCUUCCGGGACGCGGUGAAGACGCCCUGCUGUGGGACGCUCUAUUGUGAGGAAUGCGUGCAGACGCACCUGCUCGAGCGCGACUUCCUCUGCCCCAACUGCGCGCGCAAGAUCCCGAGCUUGGACAAGUUAAUUGUCGACAAGCCGACGCGUGCGCGCGUGCACGACUAUGUGGAUAGCGAGAUUGAGAGGAGCAGGCAGGAGGCGGAGAGGGCGGACAGGCAGGAGCGGGAGAGGGCGGCGGGCGAGCAGGUGGAGGGCGGGGGCCCAGAUGGGGACAAGGACGGCCAGAAAGCGGGCGAAGGCGCGCUCGGCGCCGAGGGCGACGAGAGCUUCUUCGCGGAAGGCAUCGACGUCGCGCAGAUCAUCGCCCAGCUCCAGGCGCAGAUCCAACAGCUCCAGAGCAUGCUCAACAACGUGUCCAUCCCCGCCCAGGCGCGCCAGCAGGCGCAGCUCAAGCACCAGCAGCUCCAGAUGGAGCUCCAGCAGGCCCAGGCCGUCGCCGCCAUGGCCGCCGCGCAGUCGUUCAGCAUGCCCGCUGCGAUGGCGGGCGGCAUGGGGAACGGGAUGGCGGGGAACAUGGGUGGGGGGAUGGGUGGUCCGGGCAUGGGCGGAAACAUGGGCAUGCAGGGCGAGUUCAGGCAGUGGACGAACCCAUUCCCGAACCAGCAGCCUGCAGGGCAGGACUCAGCGUACCAGCGGCUGCCUGUUAACAACAGGAGAAGGCCUCUCAAGAGGGACCGCCCUUCAGACUUCCUAGAGAUUGCGAGCGCACAACAGGGUGAUCCCAAGGCGGCGCGGUACUGGGAGUGAGCGGGAGACUUAGUAGGCAGUUCCGUAUUCCUGCCAGUCCUGCUGAGCACCUGGUCGGAUGGACAUGAGACCGUAGUAUAGAUUGAGAAUUGUUUCAGAAGCUCUGGUUCGCACAUAUGUAUAGUCGUUCAGGUAUCAGACAUAAUGAUAAA